AUGACAAUAGAAACUUCAAAGCUGGAUGAAUCAGAUUUUCCACCCUCAUACGAUGCUUCGGAACGGGAUACUGACAACCAACAGGACACCAGAUCUACCAACAUGAAACAAAAGAAUGUACCAUAUAGGCCGUCGCCUGAACAACAGCGACAAAUCGAUCUUUUAUCAGGGACCAAAUCAAACAACUCCAAGCCUCAGUCACCACUAACUACUGUGAACAGUGCAACCCGCACGGAAUACUUUGACUUACUACCCUCAUUUGAAAUGUUCCAAAGUAUUUUAAAAAGAGAUGAUCGUCAAUUUCAAGAGGAUUUGUCCAGGUCUCCACCACGAUACGGCGAUACCUUGAACAGUGUAUCGAGCAACAAUGCUUCAUUGGCACCGUCUCCACGACAUUCAAUUGACCAAAAUCUACACAGUUCAGUCCCGGAAUAUAGAAUAGAACAGGAGUUAGAAAGGCAAAGAGAGCAGGAACAUGCAAUUUACAGUGAAGCAAGUUCAAGGCCAACACUAAGUCCCAUCGCUUCUUCUCCGGGUCUACACAAUCAGAAUAUUGCUGUAACUGAGGAAACAUACGGUGCUUCACCUUUGGAUAAUAUAGAUAGAUUGAACAAAGCGACGAAUUCUGCUAUUGACAUUCAAAUAUAUGUCACCAAAACUGUACCACAACCAAACACAAAGAGUGACUUGGAGUCUCGAUUGAAAGAGUAUACCAGCGGUGACCACGUAAAUGGGUAUAUUAUUGUCAGCAACACGUCGUCUUCGGCUGUUGAGUUUGGUCUAUUUACUGUUUCACUUGAAGGGACCGUGAAAUCGACUGAAAGAAAUGCAAAUGCGUUUGAUUUUAACCACAGGUACAGCCGAAUUUUGAUGAAAAAGUUUCUCAAGAUGUACGACUUAAGUGCCAGUUACGGAUACACCUACGUGCCGAACAGUGCGGGCAUUGAAUACGAGCCAUUCACCUUGGACGAACUGGAUGGUUGCUCAAUUGGACUACCCGAUAAUAGGAUCUUGCAACCAAAGACAAAGUACAAAAAAUUUUUCACUUUCAAGUUCCCUCACAGCUUGUUGGAUAACGUCUGUGUGAAUUCCGUUCUUCCACAUUUGUUACCGCCACCCUCGAUGGGGGUAGACAAAACGUGUUUCUAUAAUAGAGGUGAAAGUAUAGCUUUGAACAAAGCAUUGGGAUACGGUACAUUGAAUGUACGAGGGACCCCGUUAUUGACAAAAGAUUUUAGCUUUGAUGAUAUGAGCGUGUCCUAUACCAUCGAGGCCAAAAUUAUUGACAAGAUCAACUCGAAAGAGGCUGUUUCUCAUCAAGAUAUUAACAGUGCCAAAAGCGAUUAUGUGAUCUCCAAAAGUGCGCAAUACUUUCUCCGUUUCAUCCCAGAUUUGAAAGAACAGGUUGCAUAUUGCAAGCUACACAAUAUAGGAAACUAUCCUGAUAUUGGCCUUGGUGGUAAGUUUUUGGACCAAUUGAAAUACAAUACCACCUGGAGCUCGAUACAACAGCUAAACAAUCAGGUAGAGAAAGAAAUUGAUCAAAAGUUAAACAAUGAGGAGUUAUCACCCCUUGAGAUGAAAUUGAAAAAUUUGCAGCUUCAUGAAGACUCAAAGAUCAUUCAAAAUGAUACCUUUGUGACGACCAACCGUCCGGUUGACAUUUAUGGAAAGAAGAAAAAAAUGAUUCUAUCGUCUUUAAUUAAGUUGGGACUGCUGACCAUGUCGAUCAAUUUUCCUGAUAAAGUUAUACCUUAUGGAUCCCCGAGAUUGUUAAUGAAAUACAAUAAUGGAGAAGACAACUCCUUACAACCGGUGACUAGCAAUAUGGAAGAGCUAUACAAUCGAGGUGUGGAAGAUGUACUUGACACACUUGAGGCUGACUUGUGCUUUGAGAGUGAGAGCAAUGUCAGACCACCUCCUAUUAAAGUUAGCACAAAUAUAGUCGCGUGGUCAUACAAUACCGAGUACCCCCUUCCAUUUGAGAUGGGCUAUGACUUUUUCUACAAGAGUCAUGAACAUGCACUGAAUGACUCGGUGGAGACAACUCAAAGCAACUUGCAUCUCAUCAAGAGUCAAGUUAGCAAUUAUGUUAGCUUUUUGAAAUCAAAUUCCAUAAUUGUUAGCAAAGAAUCAUUUAUGUACCUAAAAGCUGUACAGAAAUUGGGCAUAAAAAAGGACACUAUCAAGGAUUAUUUUGAAACUCAUGUCGAAGAACCUGAUUGGAAAAUAUUACAAUUAAGUGACGGAAAGUUUAGGUGGACAAAACGAUUAAGGAUAUCUUUGGCUAUAGAAAAUAAACAUAAUGUGACGUUGUUGCCCACAUUUCAAAAUUGUUUGGUGGGGAGACUAUACUGCUUACAAGUUUCGGUGAAAUACAAGGGAACAAAUAGCGAACAAAAUGAGUUUGCACACAACGUUGUUAGUUUAGAUGUGCCGGUGUUAGUGGGAUGA